UAGCUUAAUUAGCGCAUUCCCCUUGUUACGCACCCCCGCUUUCCUUGCGCUACGUCAGGUGCCUGGAAACCGAUCAAAGUCGAGCUCACAGUGCGUUAUUGUCCCCAUCUAUCCGCACACCCUCCGUCUCUCUCCUUCUCUCUCUCUCUCUCUCUCUUCGCUCACACUAUCGCCUGCAAGCUCAUGUGUGUGCGCGUCUAGAAAUCCAUCUGAAUGCGAGGAGUGAAGGAGGGUCGGUGCGCUCUGCAGACAAAUUUCACUUGUCAUUCCUGAAUAACGGCGCUGUACCGGAGGGCUGGAAUCGGACUUCAGUAAAAGAAGUGCGGUGGCCUUCGCCCUCACUCAGCAACGAUGUCCGAGUAUAUCCUCACCUUACUCUUCAUACUGGGAUUCGGGGAUGUAUUCUCAAAUGUUCAGACACUGAGGGACGCUGAUUCAGAGCAAGAACCCAUUUUGUGUGACGUUGGAGAGUUUCUGUGCGGUGACCAGCUGACCUGUGUGUCCGAGAGCUGGCUUUGUGAUGGGGAACCAGACUGUCCAGAUGAUUGUGAUAAAUCAACUGAAACCUGCAAGGUGGAGGUGAUAGUCAGAUGUCCUCUAAAUCACAUACAGUGUAUUGGGACGAGAAAGUGCAUUCACUUCAACAAACUCUGUAAUGGGGCGAAAGACUGUGAGGACGGUUUUGACGAAGGAGUCCACUGUCGAGAACUCCUGUCAGCCUGUCACGAGCUGCAUUGCCGCUAUGGAUGCAUCAUGACCAGAAACGGCACAUUCUGCUUCUGUGCCGAUGGAUUCGAGGUGGGAGAUGAUGGGCGUAGCUGCAGAGAUCAUGAUGAAUGCGCCAUGUAUGGGACAUGCAGCCAGACCUGCAUGAACACCUAUGGGUCAUAUCGCUGCAGCUGUACAGAUGGGUACAGCCUGCAGCCGAACAGACGAUCCUGCAUAGCCAAACACGAGACCGGUGAAAACCCUGCAGCACUGCUGAUUGGAGGCUCGGAUAAUAUUAUAAUCACAGCCCUAAACGGAUCCCGCCUGCAAACCCUCAAACAACUGGACUCAAAUGGAACUCAUGGUUUGGAUUUCAACCAUAAAGAGGAAUCAGUAUGCUGGGUCACAUCCUCAGAGUCCUCCGGACAACUCCGGUGUGCCAGGAUGAGGAAAGCAAGUGGUUUCACUAAAGAACAGGAAGUAAAGACAGUCCAGAAUCUCCACGAUGUUGAUCAAUUAGCCUUUGACUGGCUCACGGGAAACUUUUACUUCGUGGAUCAAGCAAGCGACAGGAUAUUCGUUUGCAACCAGCAUGGAGACACCUGUGUUACGGUGAUAGACCUCGACCUUUUGAACCCUAAAGCAAUCGCUCUGGAUCCUCUAAUGGGGAUGCUCUUCUUCACUGACUAUGGAUAUCAAGCAAAACUGGAACGCUGCAACAUGGAUGGCACCAACAGAACUCGACUCGUGGAUUACAAGGUUGAGCGGCCGACUGCCGUGGCAUUGGAUCUGGUAAAAAAGUUGGUGUACUGGGCAGACGCAUAUCUGGAUUACAUUGAAAUGGUGGAUUACAAUGGCAAAAACAGACACACUAUCAUCCAAGGAUAUCAAGUGGCCCACCUGCAUGGAUUAGCUGUUUUUGAGGACUACUUGUACGCAACUCGCUCUGAACCCUCAAGUGGAGCAGUGGUAGACAUCUUACGGAUAAAUCGCUUUAAUGUCACAGACCCGGAGACGCUAACCAGCAUAGGAAAUGCAAAAACAAUACGGGUUUACCACAAGCUCAGUCAGCCGAAAGUCAAGGGCCAUGCGUGUGAAGUUGACCCUUAUGGUAAACCAGGAGGAUGCUCGCACAUCUGCCUUCUCAGCGGGAGCUACAAAUCCCGGAGCUGCCGCUGUCAUACCGGAUUCAGCCUGGGAAGUGAUGGGCUGUCCUGCAAAAAACCCAGGAAUGAUCUUUUCCUCUUCUAUGGAAAGGGACGACCUGGGAUAAUCCGGGGUCUGGACAUAAAUGUGAAGUCUAGCAAUGAGUACAUGGUUCCUAUUGAGGACUUGGUGAAUCCAAGAGCUCUCGACUAUCAUGCUGAAACAGGAAACAUUUACUUUGCCGAUACUACAAGUUUUUUGAUAGGGCGGCAGAAAGUUGAUGGAAGCAGUCGGGAAACAAUUCUCAAAGAUGAUCUUGAUAAUGUGGAGGGGAUUUCAGUGGAUUGGAUUGGAAAUAAUCUCUACUGGACCAAUGAUGGCUACAGAAAAACAAUCAGUGUGGCUAGGCUGGAGCGGGCAUCUGAAACCAGGAAGACUCUUUUGGAGGGAGACAUGUCUCACCCUAGAGCCAUAGUGGUGGAUCCUCUGAAUAGUUGGAUGUACUGGACCGAUUGGGAAGAGGAUGAGGUGAACGACAGCAUUGGUAGAAUAGAGAAAGCCUGGAUGGAUGGUUCCAACAGGAAAAUAUUUGUCACAUCUAACAUGCUGUGGCCCAAUGGACUCACUCUGGAACAUGGAACCAGUACCAUGUACUGGUGUGAUGCCUAUUAUGAUCAUAUUGAGAGAAUCUAUCUCAAUGGGACUGGCAGAAUGGUUGUGUACAGUGGCAGGGAACUCAGUCACCCGUUUGGGAUUGCACAGUACCAAAAUUCCAUCUUCUGGACGGAGUACAUGAACGGCUCCAUCUUCCAGCUGGAUCUGGUCUCUGGUGAAGUCUCUCUGCUGAGGAGUGAACGACCCCCUCUGUUCGGGCUCCGAGUAUAUGAUGCACAAAGCCAGCUGGGUGACAAUGCCUGCAGGGUGAAUUAUGGUGGUUGCGGUACCCUCUGUUUGGCCGUCCCAGGAGGCCGGGUAUGCGCAUGUGCCGACAACCAGCACCUGGACAAGAACAAUGUCACGUGCUCUGAUUUUGUAGGUCAAGAGGAGCCCCAGCGGUGCAAAAAUGAUGAGUUUCAGUGCAGGAACUGGCGCUGCAUACGAGUCAAUUGGAUUUGUGAUGGAGAUGAUGACUGUUUAGAUGGCAGUGAUGAGGUGGCCCACAUAUGCUCUAACCACAGUUGCCCGGUUGACCAGUUCAAGUGUCCCAAUAAUCGCUGCAUACCCAAAAGGUGGCUUUGUGAUGGAGCCAAUGACUGUGGAGAUAACGAAGAUGAGUCUAAUAAAACAUGCUCAGCCCAGCCAUGUCGGGCUGGUCAGUUCACCUGUGGUAAUGGUCGCUGUGUACCAGAAGCGUGGCGCUGUGAUCAAGAUGAUGACUGUGGAGACAUGUCAGACGAGUCCACUUCCUGUGGUGAGUCUUACUAGCUAAUUGGCUUGGCAAAUUUGACAUCUUGAACCUGCUUUAUUUAGGACAAGUCUCUCUUAUCCC